GUUGACAACUUGUCAAGGCACAAAUGGGCUACAAAAUCACUAGACUGACAUUUCUCCAGGCAACUCAAAGAACAAAAUUCAUUUUCAGCUUUUCGUGCUAAAUAAUUUAAUUUACGAUUUAUUUUGUUUAAUAACACAUUUUCAUGUUCGUUUAUGCUUUUAAUUACAACAUUAGGUUAACAUUCGAGCCGUGCCAGUGUAUUCAGUGUAUACGCCCUUGAAAAUCGUGUGUAAAAAAUCUAAAGUCAGCAUAGCAACAGUACUUAGAUCCGUAUAAUUAUUAUAUUAUGGGAUACCGCCGGGAUUGUACAUCACGGGUGCCUUUAUGAGAUGGUUGAUGAAAAUGUACGGGCAUUCAGAAGUGAACAAGAAAAAACACUGAAUUAAUAUUUAAGGUAUUGUAAGUUGCAAAAGUGGUGCUUUCUAUUAGUGUAAGAUGAUAACUCGAAGAUGGUUCCACCCCUCGCUGAAUGGUGUGGACGCGGAAAAAUUGCUCAUGGAGUGCGGUCACGAUGGGUAUUUCCUGGCCAGGCCAAGUUCAAGUAAUAAAGGAGAUUUCACUCUCUCCGUCCGAAGAGGAAAUGAGGUCACUCAUAUAAAAAUUCAGAACAACGGCGAAUUUCUCGAUCUUUAUGGAGGUGAAAAAUUUGCUACCCUGUCAGAACUCGUCCAAUAUUAUAUGGACAAUCAAUGCCAGCUAAGAGAAAAAAAUGGAAAUAUAAUUAGGUUAAAAACGCCUCUCAACUGUGCAGAUCCAACAACCGAACGAUGGUACCACGGGCAGCUCACUGCCAAGGAAGCAGAGAGAAUGAUGAUGGAAAACGGAAAAAACGGGUCGUUUCUCGUUCGCGAAUCCCAAAGGCAACCUGGCGACUUCGUGUUGUCCGUUCGCACGAGAGAUCGAGUUACACAUGUGAUAAUUAGGCGAAAGGACAACAAAUAUGACGUAGGUGGGGGGCAACAGUUUGACGAUCUCGUAAGUCUAAUAGAAUACUAUCGUAGUUUUCCCAUGGUCGAGACUACUGGUGAGGUACUAAGAUUAAUCCAACCCUUCAACGCUACACGUAUACAGGUAAGACAUUUUCACACGCGCGUAAAACAACUUCAAAAGGAAAACGAGGGACCCAUCGAGAGCAUGGCCUACAAACAAGGUUUCUGGGAGGAAUUCGAAACGUUACAGAUGAUGGAGAACUUGCAGUUGUUCGACAGAAUGGAGGGUUCGAAACCGGAGAAUAUUAGGAAAAACAGAUACAAAAAUAUUAUACCAUUCGAUCACACGCGUGUUAUUUUAAAGGACAUCCCCCCUGACGGUCCUCCGGGCUCAGAUUACAUCAAUGCCAACUACAUUCGAUGUGACAGUAUGGAUUCCAUUUCCGAUUCCCAAGAAUUCACAGGGAACGGCAGCACUGAAAACGGCAAAGACGGUACGCCGUCGAAAGCUAAAGAUAAAUCAUCGCCUGUUCAUACAAGCGUUAUCGUAACUGAAGAGCCGGUCAAAUCAAGUAAGAAGGUGCACGGCAACGGAACACACAAGCUGCCGGCGUUCGAACCGAGCGUUCUUCGUCCCAACCCGAAUUAUUUCAAUACGACAAUACCGAAAUCAGCGACCGAAACCGAAAACGGUGUGCCCACUGUACACGUGUACAACAAAACGUACAUAGCUACUCAAGGCUGUCUUUCGACAACAAUAUACCCGUUCUGGUCGAUGAUAUGGCAAGAGGACGUCCGCAUCAUCAUAAUGACGACAAAGGAGAUCGAGCGCGGGAAGGUCAAAUGCGAAAGGUACUGGCCGGACUUGAACAAAACAGAGGUCGUCAAGAAGUACACGAUACUUAACGAAUUCGAAUCCUCCACGCCGGAUUAUACGCUUCGACGGUUCCUUGUCACGAAAAAAGAUGAGACUACAGUGAAGCGGACCAUAUAUCAUUUCCAUUUCACGGCCUGGCCGGACCAUCGUGUUCCCUCAGAGCCCGGUCGCGUGCUCAACAUUCUACUGGACGUGAACUACAGGCUACAGCAGAUAAUGACGGGGACCGAUCCUCCGGCGCAGGCGGUCGUAUGUGUUCAUUGCUCGGCGGGUAUAGGUCGGACGGGAACCUUCAUAGUCAUCGAUAUGAUCUUGGACCAAAUAAGAAAGGAAGGGUUCGACUGCGAGAUCGACAUACAUCGCACUGUGCAGAUGGUGCGCGACCAAAGGUCCGGUAUGGUGCAGAACGAAGCUCAAUAUAAGUUUAUCUACAUGGCCGUGUUGGAGUUUAUCGAAACGGAGAAGCAAAGGGUAGGUCUCGGGCCGGAGGCGGCACAGGACUCGCCGCGAGCCAGGUCUAUGCCCGUACCAUUUUUAUGAAUAGCCUUGAAAGUUCAAAUUAAAAUAUCAAAAGCUUUAUAAACGUCGGAAUAUCGUAGAUGAAUGUAAAUAAUAAUAUUUUAAAUGCAUCUAUCUUGUAACUUGGUUAAAAUUUCUCAUCCAAAUGUUCUAUUAUGUGUGAUAUAAAAAUGAUUUUGUCUAAUUAAGUACCAAUUUUCCAUUUCUAUUAUGUCGAUUACUUAAUAGUAUUGGGGAUAACGAUAACACAUAACCGUAUAAUUUCAUGUUUUUACGCUGUUUUACAAGGAGCACACAGAAAACACACAUACCUAAGAUGAAAUGGAUAAACUUCCAAUAAAAAUUGUAAAUUGUUCCGUAAGAUCGAUAUUGGUUUUCGUAAUGUCAAUUUACGAAUAAAAUUAAACUUUUACUUUUAUGAGCAAUUCAAAAAAUUUCGCCGAAAAAACAUUACCUUUAAAUUUUAUUUUCUAAAAAGAAACAUAUUUGAUGCUGGUAUUUUACUUGGUGUAGCGUUUGGCAGUGAUGGUAGCGAUUUUUUUUGGGUUAAGGGGAAUUUUUUGGGGUAAUCUUGGUUGUUUGAUGAAUUUUGCUGCUUCACGAAGACGCUAGUCGACGCUGGAGAGCUCAGACGAGAAGUAGAAGGCUUGCUAAGAUUCGCCCGACUACUUCGCUAGUGAAUCUACCCUCGGAACGAAAUCGCGACUAGAUAUGAAGGUCCGGCAAGAAACUCAGCGGCCUAAUCCUAUUUACACCGCACUUUUGAAACUCGUCGAAAAUCGGCCCAUAAUAUAGCUGCACUAGCGUUGGAACUAGUCGCAUCCAAUACCACCGUAAGUGGAUCCUCCAGGAUGUGUCUAAGGCGUCGAAAGUGAUUAGCUGCUGGUGCGCCGGGUCAAGGCUGUAGCUUGCGGCGACCACGAUAAGGGGGUUAUCGUGUUGCAUCGUUGUCACCAAGAAAAUUUCCGAUAUCUAACUACGCAUGAAUUUAAGAUCUAGAUCGUCGUCAAAACAACUCACGUACCAUAGUGCUCCCACGGCUAACCUAAGUAAGGGAAAUUCUUAUGUUCGGAGGGAGUUUACGGGGUGUAAGCCGUGUGAGCGAACACUGCGUAAUGCCGCGUAUGCAAGUUUUUUUUUAAUCGCCGUAUAGGCAGAGGAGCAUACGGCCCACCUGGUGAGUGGUUACCGUCGCUCAUGGACGUCAGCAACGCCAGGGGCAGAGCCAAGCCGCUGCCUACCGUUUAAUACUCUCCACAAGCCUCGUUUGAAGAAGGACAUGUCAUAGCGCUCGGGAAAAACCAUAGAGGGGAAGCUCAUUCCAAAGCCGGAUGGUACGUGGCAAAAAAGGUCUCUGGAAGCGCACUGUUUUCUAAAGUGUCGCCGUAUUACGAAGGACCAGCGGACAAGCGGAGGCUUGAAGAUCAUAGGGGUCCAGCCGAGGGAGAAUUCAGCGCGAUUUCGGUCAGACUACGUGAACGAUAUCGUGUAUUUGUACCAAAUUUAACCGAAUAACCCUCCAAAUAUCGCCAUUUUAGGACAAAUACACGUGUACGCUACGCCAAAUGAACUUCCAGCAUCAAAUUUACAUUUAAAACGUUAAACGCUAUUUGAUAAAAAUCGAAUAUGAAAUAUUCAUUGACUGUCUUUUAAGAUCUAUGUCUUUUAAACUGUAAGACGAGGGGAUAAUCGUUGUUAGGCGAAGGUGGAAAAUAUUUUUUUCUCAAAAAUCGACUUUGGCGACCUGAAAAUGUAUCAAAUCGUUGCUUUAAUUUAAAACUACACGGAAGUCAGGAGAUUGACUUUUAUGUGAUCUCGAAUUUGAUUUUCACUAGACAGAAUGUUUAUAUAAUUAUUUUUUGUUAUAAUAAAUUUUUUUUCGACAAAUCUGUAUGUGCUUGCUGUGAAAUUUUAUUAAGAACAGUGUGUAAUGUAAUGUUUGCAACAAACGUUUGAAUCUGACAAUGUCGUGAGAGAGGUACAUUGAUUCUAAGGUAUCUAAAGUUAUCAGAAUUGAAUUGAGCUUAGGGUAAGUCCAGGGUAAUCCCACAACUCCAUUUGGCAAUCGAAACUUUCACAGACCUAAUCCUUCCAACGCUUUGGUCUGUCAGCGACUUUCGUCUUCGUUCACAAAAGCCACAGCUGACUUAUAACGUCUAUACUUCUAUAUGACUCUAUUAUCUAAUCCGUUAAUACAGAGUUCUAGCGGUCAAUUCGCGUAACAGUAAAUUCAUACAACAUAACGAACAACUCAAAUUAACUAAGCGGCCCGGUCCAUGCGCGAACUAAACCGUCCGAACCUAAGAAAACAACAAGUAACUUAAGCUUAGUCAAGCAAAUUAAUGUUGUUUUCCGUUAAUUUUAAACUCCCUUUUCGCCAACAGGAUUAAUUAUCUUCGUAUCGCCUUAAAUCUCACACCUUUCAAAUCAACAAUGACUUUUCGUUAAACUCGGUCAAGAAUCUGAUGGACUAUGCUAUAGAGAUUGCACAUUUCUGUAUUUAAAGUGGCCAGUUGUACACCGUUAUUUUGUUUAUUUAGCCGACAACUCUUUUUAAAAUAAUUACAACUGCUGUUACGUUUGUCUCAUUCUCUUUAUUAAUAUUUUCGGCGUUUUGGACACAGUAAAGUAUGCUAUAUAUAUUUUUUUAUUGCCGUAUAGGCAGACAAGCAUACGGCCCACCUGAUGGUGAGUGGUUACCGUCGCUCAUGGACGUGUCAUAGCGCUCGGGAAACACCGUGGAGAGGAGCUCAUUCCAUAUCCGGAUGGUACGUGGCAAAAAAGAUCUCUGGAAACGCACUGUGGAUGAACGUAGUGGCUCCAGGUAGUAUGGAUGAACUCUACUCCGGUGGCGGGAAAUUAAAACUGAUGAUUCUCUUAAAGUAGCCGAAACGAAAUGCAAAUGUUGCAUAUCGAUUCUAGGAAGUCUAAAAUACUUGUCCGCUCCUUAUCUGCGACUUGAGUGCAGAUUGUGAGUUCAUAGUACGGCUAUCUACUCGUUAAGUGUAAUACCUACUAGAUGCUUCUCUAAAUUGCAUUUUAAUAUUUUAAUUGGUUAGAUAAAUACAUAAAACGGCGCAUUUGUAGUUUAAUUGUCGAACUUUUUGGAUAUUUAAAAAAAAUACCGGAGGAUUCUUAUAGAAAAUGAUGUUCCAGAUACUUGCCAAUGUAGGCAUAUCAAUAAAUACAUAACAUUUGUACGUAGUUUGAUCAUUAUCAUCUACUCGCACGGCGUCGCUGCUAGACAUAGGUGUGCUUAGUGCGAGUUUUUUAACGUUCUCGAUAGCGUAAAAGUUAGCUCAUAUUUGUAUGGAAUGGAAUCGUUUACCUACGUUUGCCGCUAGGGGCGCUGUUCCAACUGCAUACAAAAUUGGGUUAACUUUUACGCUAUCGAGAACGUUAAAAAACUCGCACUAAGCACAAGGGUCCUUUCACGAUUUGUGUGACCGAGGCAAUCAGCUUAACCCAGGCAAUAAAUAAAAAAAACAUGUUUUUACUUUCCUUUGUAGUUCUGCUGAUAUUUUAGUGUAAGUAUCCCGUCCUGUUGGAAGCAUAAGAAAUAAAAGAAAUUUGAUUUUUUUUAUUUCAAUAAUAUCAUUGUACAAUAACUUAAGAGUUUUCUCAGAACACAUUUCUCCUGGCUGAUUGUUUUAAUACGAUGCUAUUAGCAUACUUCUAUUGGAACUACUGUAUGCAUCGUAUAAGUAAACUUAUUUUCUUGAAAUUGUGGGAUCUAUCUUGGAACUACCCUAUUACGACUAACUAAAAAUUAAUGUUCCCUCUCAAUAAUAAUUACCCAGGCAAAUGGCCUUGAUUGUAAAAAUUGAAAAUGUGAUUAGGUGUUUUUAUUGCUAUCAAAUUUAAGAACACUGAUACAUUCUUUGUUCGAUUGGUUGAAAUAAUACCUCUUAAAAGUGGAUGGAAUAAGCAUAAAAUAAGGAUAAAGUUAUUAUUAUGUUGUUUAUUUUUUAUUAUUCUUGUCAAAUAGUGAAUUGGAGGUGCUUUUUAUCAGUGCGCCCGCGGUCAAUUAAAAAGGCACGGGCUUAUGGUGCGAUAUACUUUUUUAAUAAUGAUUUUUAUUUGUCUGUAUGCGUAGUUUAUACGAAUAAAAGUAUAUGUAUAUUAUUUUGAUAAAUAAUGUCCAAGCAAAUGUAUUUUUUUGGCAAGUCAAAAAUUUUUUUUAAUAAAUAUUAGUCAUGGGUCGCCACUCGUAAACGCGGUGUUACGGCCUACGGGAAAAUAAUCAUUUACAUAAUUGAGCGUUAAAUUGACAUUCACUGUCAAAUAUAAGUUACACGUACCUACCGUUUUCUAACGAUUGUUGUUUAACGAAACUCCAUCAUUUUGUUUAAAAUAAACUUCAUUAGAGCUUAAAAUUAAAAUUAUGCAAUUAAACUAGCCUAAAAGGCUACAAAAUAUCUUGACUUAGUCAUCGUUAGGAAUAAUAACCAGGAUAAUGUAGAUGUAGGUACGCUUCGCGACUGGCUAGUUACAUUAAAACAUGAAGGUCAUUUGAGAAAUAAUUUUUCAUUCGCGAAGCAGCUGCAGUUGUCAGGUCUCAUUCGGAGGUGCUCGGGUAGUUAUUGGCAAAUACCACCUCUCCUGGCUGAGCCUUUGCUCGCCCAUCUGUCCUGGUGAAACUGGAAAUGACUCCGGGCCACCAGUAAUCCUACAAUCCUAAAAAAAAAAAUUUUGUCUUGGUACGCCCGCGGUCUCUGUAACAGAAUCUGAAGAAACGUAUUUCUGAUAUAAUUUGCCACUGUGAGCCCUGAGCAAGUCAUUAUGCGCUCCCCUGGGAACGAGGAGCAGCAACCUCUAUACACAAAAAGAACAUAUCUAGCAAAAACUUGAACCGCACUAAUAAUAAUUCCAGUGGUGAAAGGUUAUUUGAUUUAAGCGAAAUUUUGGCAGUUUUAUAGAAAGGUCAUUUAAAGUACAAAAUUUGAAAAAAAUAAUAAUAAUUACAAAAUGUAAUAAACAUAAUUGAAGUAAGUACAAUUAAAAACAUCGAACUGUUGAUGCUAAUACCAAACAAAAUAUUAUUUUAUAUAGCUUUUCGCCCCCCAAUAAAAAAUUGUUCUUUACGAUUGAAAACCAUCACAACCACGUAACAACUCUGCAACAGUACAUUAUGUUGAAAAAGAAAGAUUCGAGUUUCAUUCGAUUCUAAACGUAACAACGGUGUGGGAUGAUUUAAAACUUUAAUUUAUUAACCAAAUAAUAUAAAUUGAGAUUAGCUAGACUCCAUCCGAAUUCUCUACUAAAGAUUGUAAAACAAAAUAUGUAUGAAGAAUGUGAGUCUCCAGUAUCUUAUAUCGUAUUAAUAUAUUUUUAAAUAAGCAUUUGUUUGUAGGGCUAAAACAUUUUUUUUUAUAGUACAAGAUAAAUCGUCCAUUCGAUUAGGAAUACAUUCGGUCAACCACUGCGCAGUAGCUGGCGUGAAAAUUGAGGUCGUAUAGAUUCCGAGGCGUUAAACGUAUGGGUCGGAGUGCUUAGUUGAACAAACUUGUCUUAGAUAGUUUUAAUUUCGACAAAUUGGACAAUUAUAUUCGAGUCUCGACGAUAUCAAAGAAGCUUCACAACAACAAUGCUAGGAUGUUCAAUAAAAUUGAUUUCAUAGGCUAAUAAUAUCUCUACUAAUGAUCGUAACGAAGCAAAACCGGUCUUGAAGACAAUCGUCCCGUUAAUAUCCUUCACAAGAAAAUAAAGUAUAGUACAUAGAAUGAAAAAAUUGUUAAUGUAUUAAAUAUAAUAAAUUUAAUAUUCAAUCGUCUGACCAUUAAAACUGUAAAGUUUGGAAACGUAUAAAAUAAAAUUAAAAUAAUGGACGAUCUAGAUUAAACGGUAAAAGUUGUUUUAACUCUUUGCACUCGAGAAGUGAAAUUCGUUUUCGAUUUAAAUAGUCAUAGUCAUAGUGAAAACCGAAGAAAAUAUUAUAUCAACUGAAUCUAAAGUUUGAGAUCUCGAACAAUGAAAUAUACAAAAUCGAACGCAUAAUAUGAUUUUUUGUCUAUGACAGUAAUAAUGUGUUUUAAAAGUUCAAAUUUGAGAUUUAAAAAAAAACAUGCAAUUGCUUGGACAUGCUACAGAUAUUUUAUAUUGUUGGCAUUUUAUUUAAAAAAAAAAACUAUUAUUCCAAUUUUUAAAAGCGGAUCUAAAAUAUCGCACUGAAUUAAAAUAAAUGAAGAGAAAAAAUGUUAUGUGCUAGAGAUAUAUGUUGUGUUAUAUUAAUAUAAUAAAUGAAUAAAAUGUGAUAUUGUAUAUUAAA